AAGCAGCAUACUUUGUAAAAGGAAUGGGAGGAGAAUGGAAGGAAACACCGGUAUUCACCAUUAAAGGGGAAUCCAACCUAACACCCAAACAACAACAACAACUGGAUAAAUUCAUAAACGAAUACAAGGAUAGGUUUGCGGAAGACCUUUUAGAACUAGGACGAAUAAAAGAGUACGAACACCACAUACCCACUACAUUAGGAGCACAACGGAAUUACUCAGCAUCAGAAUUAGAAUUAUUGGCCGUAAAAUGGGCCACAGACCAGUUUCAUGUAUACUUGCUUGGAAAACCUUUUACUAUAAUAACAGAUCACCAACCGCUAAAAUAUCAAUUUAGUACACUUGCUUUAAAUAAUCGAAUGCAGAAAUGGCUUGUACACUUACAACAAUACUCGUUUAAAAUUGAAUAUAAUCCAGGACGUGCCCAAGGUCAUGUAGAUGCUUUGUCAAGAUUACAGACCAACAACAAUGUACCAACGGAUAUUCAACAAACUACACUAAAGAAAAUACAUGAAUUCACACUUAAAAAUGGAAAACUAUUUUGGAUAAAAAAUGAUAUGGAAAAGAGAGUUAUAAGAAGAAAUGAGCUAGAAGAAGUAUUAUUUAACAUACAUGGGAGUCAACUAUCGGGACAUUUCAAUACAGAAGCAACAUUUAAUAGGGCCAAACAAAAUUAUUACUGGCCGAGAAUGUAUAGAGAAGUAGAAAAUUAUGUGAAGAGUUGUGAUACAUGCCAAAGAUUAGGGAAUAAGAAGAAGUCAAAUGAACUCCACCCAAUACCGGUUGGACGAGCAUUUGAACGUGUAGGGAUAGAUAUUGUAGGACCAUUAUCAAUAACAUCAAAAGGGAAUCGCUAUAUAAUAGUAGCAACAGAUUACCUUACUAAAUGGCCGGAAGCAAGGGCCACCCAAAAUAUACAAGCAGAGACAGUUGCUCAAUUUAUCUAUGAAGAUAUAAUUUGUAGACAUGGAACACCAAGUGAAUUAUUAUCUGACCGAGGGACAUCAUUUGUUAAUAGUGCAGUAAAAGCGUUAUGCGAGACAAUGGAAAUUAACCAUGUACUCACCACAUCAUAUCACCCACAAACAAAUGGAUUGACCGAAAGAUUUAACAAAACACUGUGUGAAACUAUUGCUAAAUUU